GAGAAACAGGGUAUGAGAAAAUUGUGCUUGCUUUGCAUUUUAAUUUGUUCUGAAUGCGAUGCCACAAACGCGACUUUAAAGAGAGUGAUUAUACCAAAAAAUAAAGAAAAAAUCGACAACACGAGGAGAUGCCCUGCUAGUCAGACAUGUUUAGCUGCUCAGGCAGGGAAAGCUGACAACAUUUGAUGUCCAAGAGUCAGCUGGUCAGGGUCUGGAUAGAAACCCACCAUUGAUAAACCAGUCCGUGUGGUUUCAGAAUGGCCACAGCUGGAACAGAGCCCCCAGGGCCAGCGGACACCAUUGGUAACCUGCAGAGUCAGUUCUGGAGGAGACUCUCUUCUCGCAAAGGGACUCUUUCCACAGACUCAACUGGAACUCGGAAAAUUACUUUUAGUGAGGGUCCAGGCACUACAUCACAGACCAUGAAAAAAACAAUAGGACAUCGUGGGAUUGAUCCCACUGGGGAGACCACAUACAAAAAGACAACAUCAUCAACCCUGAAAAGUGCGAUCCAGUUAGGCAUUGCCUACACGGUUGGGAGCUUAAGCCAGAAACCUGAGAGAGAUGUGCUAAUGCAGGACUUUGAAGUGGUAGAAAGCAUCUUUUUCCCCAGUGAGGGUAGUAACCUGACCCCAGCCCACCACUACAGUGACUUCAGAUUCAAGACAUAUGCGCCAAUUGCCUUCCGAUACUUCAGGGAGAUGUUCGAGAUCCGGCCUGAUGACUACCUUAAUUCUCUCUGUAAUGAACCGCUAAUUGAGCUGUCUAACUCGGGAGCCAGUGGAUCUCUGUUUUACCUCUCCAGUGAUGAUGAGUUUAUCAUGAAGACAGUGCAGCACAAAGAGGCAGAGUUUUUGCAGAAAUUACUUCCUGGUUAUUUCAUGAAUUUGAAUCAGAACAAGCGCACCUUAUUACCGAAGUUUUAUGGACUCUACUGCAUCCAAGCAGGGGGAAAGAACAUCCGCAUUGUAGUUAUGAACAAUUUGCUCCCCUCUGCUAUGCGAAUGCACCUCAAGUAUGACCUAAAGGGGUCCACCUGCAAGCGACAAGCCUCAGCCAAGGAGAGAGAGAAGGCCUUUCCCACGUACAAGGACCUGGAUUUUAUGCAGGACAUGCCUGAUGGCCUGCUGCUAGAUGCUGACAAGUAUAAUGCUCUUUGCAAGACCAUACAGAGAGAGUGCCUGCUGUUGCAGAGCUUUAAGAUAAUGGACUAUAGCCUUCUGGUGGGGAUACACAAUGUGGAACAGGCCAUUCGGGAGCAGGCCAGCGAAGAGGCAGUGGCAGGCGCACAGGACCAAAGGAAGCCGCAAGGCCAAAAGUCCUUGUACAGCACUGCCAUAGAAGCCAUCCAGGGAGAGGCGAGUGGAAUGGGAUCGCUGGAUACAGACGAUCAAAUGGGAGGUAUUCCAGCACGAAAUACUAAAGGGGAGAGGCUGCUGUUGUACAUCGGCAUCAUUGACAUUUUGCAGUCCUAUAGAUUUGUUAAGAAGCUGGAACACUCUUGGAAAGCUUUGCUCCAUGAUGGGGAUACUGUAUCUGUACACAGACCAGGCUUCUAUGCUGAACGCUUUCAGAAAUUCAUGUGCAAUACAGUCUUCAGGAAGCUCCCAUUGAAGACCUCCCCAUCUAAGAAGAGCCGUGCAGUGACCCAGGGUGGUCUGCGAAAGGUUAACAUAGCAGGACCUGGAUCCUCUCCACCAACCCAGGCCAGUGGGACUACUACUCAGCCUGUCAUCCAGCAUUCCAUCAGCAGUGAGGCUGAAACAGACACUGAAGGAGACAGCGUCACGCAGUCAGGUCGUCCCGACUUGCUCCCAAAGACCUCAGCGCACAGUGAUGUCAUCGGUAACUCGGUUGAAACCACCCUCUGCACCACCUCCUUGGAUAGCUCUGGGCUUGCUCCAACAAACAAGCCUUCUCCUCUCUCCCUGGACACUUGCAAGUCAGUGGGAGAGGAUGUGCACAAGUCAUCUAGCACAGACCAGACGUCAAGCACUCCCAAGAGAGUCGAAUGUGAGACUUUUGAGGAAUGUAUUGGUGCUGAGGACAUUAUCUCCCUUGAUGACAUAAUUCCACCCACAAGCAAAUGUAAUAUGUAGUAAUGACUGAAAGUGAGUUGGACUCACAUUAAGCGAAGAAAAACCGAAGCUGAAAGAUGGUAUGCGCUUAGAAGGGCUGUUAUAGCUGACCAUGGUGUGAUUCAGUGGUAAAAAAAAAAAAAAGGAAAAAAAUGGAAAUAGGGAAAAUACAGUGGUGUACUGUAUCUGAGAGACCAUGUGAGAUUUGGUGUGGCACUGUUGCUGUUUUUUGGACCAUAUUUGGACCAUGGACCAUAUUUUCUAAUUUCAUUGAGAAUGACCACUGUAAUUAGAAAUUUGCAAACUGUGGAUGAGACUUAGUAGAAUAAACAUGUGGAUGUCUGCUUCAUGAAGGUUAUAAGACAGCUCUGUAAGCUGACACUUCUGGUUAAUAGAGGACAGGUUAAUUAUUUCAGUGGUUAGAAACACUCUGCUCUUCAUCUCAGAAGUAUAUUUGUGUCAGGAAAACUCUUGAUACUGACUCAAUAAGGCAAGCCAACAGCAGCUAUAAUAAAGUAGAACGUGACAUCAAUAUGAUACCUAUGAGCAAGCAAUAUGAAUAUGAUAUCAAUGAACAAACUCUUUCCACUGUAGCCAAAUUCCAAGGCAAGACUGUUUACCUUUGGUGAAUCUGUCUUUCUUUGUGUAAUAUGUUUUGCCAGAGAUUUUUGUGAUUCACAAUUGUCUCUGUUAUUACUAUUUCACUAUCAUACAGAAGCCCAUACUGCUAUGUUUAUUAUGUUUAUAGCUGGUAUUCAAACUUUGAUGCUUUAGUACAUAUCAGAUUAUUGGGAUAUUUUGGAAGAACAAAGUGCACAUUUUCUUGAAGUUGUACUUUAAUACAGAUAUAGUUGUAGUUAGACUUCAUUUCCACUGAGCUUACAGUGAAUGAAAAUGAUGCUGGAAAGACAGGAAUGUGCAGUGUAUUUUAGGAUGUGUGCACUCCAGCUUGUGUUGCUUUUUUCAGACUCCUCUCUGAGGGACCCUGUAUUUGCUAUUUUUAAAACUGUGAAAUGGAAUUGUUAUUUCUCAACUUCAGGUUUGAUAGGAGAUGUGCACAGAGUUAAUUAUUAAUAUCACAGAAAGUUGAAUCAGUUCAUCUGGAUACAGUGUUUA